CCUCUCUAGACGAUAUGCAGACCAUGUUGGCAUACAUUAUGUCUUGUGCUCCAAACUCCGACAGUUCCCCUACGAGGACAUCGAGUUCUUCCUGCCGCAGCUAUGUCACCUCAUCAUCAGCAUCGACAACGAGUCCAUGGCUCUGGAAGAGUUUCUGCUAGACCUAUGCCAAGAAUCCGUCACCGCCGCAUUACUGGUUAGGAACCCUUGAAUUCUUUGCUCGUGGCCCUGUCAACGGUCUAUAUCCGUGUCACUACCAGAGCCCAUGUCAUAUGCUGAUCGAUCCAAUCUGCUCGCAGACCUUCUGGUUGUUCCAAACCUACCUUCACGAUCUAGCGUCAACACCACAGGCCCAGCCCUUCAAGACAUGUCGGAGAAUCUACAACAAAGUCCAACACAUUGUCUUCGGGCUCUCGGAUUCCGCAAGGGCCGACAAGAUCACUGAGAACACCCUUCCCGUAACCGUCCUCGCGAGCUUUGUCUUGGCCAGCAUUGGUCUUCCGCUCCUCCCACAAAUAGCUGGGCCCCUGGCGGUCGCGCAGGCUCGAAGAACCACUCCGGAUGGCGACGUGAUAUCCGAGGCAAGCCAGACCCAGAACCAGAACCAGCCCGCCAAGAUCACGAGAAGCCAGACUGUCUCGGCCCAGAGUACGCGGUCGAGGCGUCGCGACCCGAACCGAGUACCGAGCGCACCAACAGCUACCAUCCAGGAAGGCAAGGUAGCCAGAGAGCAACAACAGCUGCCGCAGUCCCCGCGCGUGACCGUGGCACGCCCGCCCUCGUCGUCCGGCUCAACCAAACGAGACGCCCCCGACAAGCCGCGGAAGCCCGACUUCAUCGAGAGCAAGAUCUUGGAGGCACGGCUUAGUUCUUCGUCCCUGCCCUUGCCCGAUGUGCGCUCUCCAAGGGUUUUCACGCAGCCUGCGACUCCCGUCUCUGCCGGUUUCCCUCGUCCGACUGAUGGCCUCUCGCGACGGCAUUCCCACCACGUCAAGACUCUCCUAAGCCAGGCGGAGAUGACCACGGCGCAGAAAGCAAAGCUGUUGCGCCAGAACUAUUUCCGCUGUCAGACAGCCUUCCUGACGGCACUCGAAGAUAUCUCCAAUCGCUUGGUCAUUGUACCCAAACAAGCCCGUCUCAGUGCUCUACGCGCAGAACUAGCAUUGAUAGCCAGAGAUUUGCCUGCCGAACUCGACAUUCCGAUUAUCUGCCCGCCUACACUGGUCGAUGGUUCUCCUUCCAAGAGUCGGCAUCACCGUAUAGUGAGGGUGAAUCCGGCCGAAGCCACAGUUCUGAACAGUGCCGAGAAGGUGCCAUAUCUGCUCAUGGUGGAGAUCCUGAGGGAUGAUUUCUGCUUCGACCCAGAAUCGCCUGAUAACCAGAGAUUGUUGACCACACUCUUGGCCGAACAAGGGAGCCGCAAACGGAUAUUUGACCUGUCAGAUGCCCCUCGAGUCUCAACUGGCGAACGUAUAAUCGGGCCAGCUGUGAAGGAGGAAAAAGUGGACAGCGUAUUCGAGCCAAGCUCGGGUGACCUAGGAAGCUCGCCAAUGCUCAAACCGGUCGACGAUGAAGCCGCCAAUAAGAAGCACGGCAAACUACCAUCCAAGCCCCAGCGCGUGCCGUCUGGAACUACCACUCUUUCGAGUUUGUCCGAACUGACUCUGACAACACCCCGGACUUCGGCAACGUCUACUUCGAGGUCCAGUAGCCCAGGUGGCCUGAGAAGGAUGACAUUGCAGAACCCGAAAAACAACUCGGCCGACCAGCCCGACUUCUCGGCUUUGGCAACGCACAUGCGCACUGCCUCGCAAAUGCUGGCCCAACUCGAGGCUACUAGUGGCAAACGGCCCAAGCAGGAGGUGGCAGCUAUCAGAGCCAAGAUCAUUGCCAGCAUGCAGAACCUUGAGGAACAGAACUUCGAAGUGAACGAUCCCCAAGGGCCGACUUUCGAUAUGAUCAUUGCAAGAACGACUGCUGCAAAUGUAGCCGCUGAAGCUGCCGAGAUUGAACAAGAACUCGAGACGGGAAUGAACGAGAGCGCAGGUCAGGCACGAAUGGAAAACGACGCAAUGACUGGCGGCGUGAGACGCAAAGGAGACCGCGACGACCCGAGUGCGGCAGUUUUCGGUGAAGCAUGGGAGCAAAAGAAGGAGCGCAUUCGGAAGUCGUCCCCCUAUGGAUGGAUGAAGAACUGGGAUCUCGUCAGUGUCAUUGUAAAGACUGGAGCUGAUCUGCGACAAGAGGCUUUCGCAUGUCAGCUCAUACAAGCUUGUGACAAGAUCUGGACCGAUGCCGGCACGCCUGUUUGGGUGAAAGUCAUGCGCAUCCUUGUUACGGGAGAGUCAUCUGGUCUGAUUGAGACCAUCACCAACGGCGUGUCGCUCCACUCGUUGAAGAGAAGUUUGACACUUGCACUGAUCGAAUCUGGCCAGAACCCGAGGAGGCGGAUUGCUACGCUCAGGGACCACUUUAUAAAGACGUUUGGUCCUACGGAUAGCGAGCCGCACAAAGCUGCCGUGGAUGCCUUCAAACGGUCACUUGCGGCAUACAGCAUGAUUUCAUAUGUCUUGCAGCUCAAGGACCGCCACAAUGGCAAUGUUCUCAUCGACAACGAGGGCCACAUUGUUCAUAUCGACUUUGGCUUUAUGCUGUCAAACUCGCCAGGCUCCGUGGGCUUCGAAGCUGCGCCUUUCAAAUUCACCUACGAAUACCUUGAGGUCCUCGGCGGCGUUGGAACUCAAGACUACGACGACUUCAAAAAGCUGUGUAAACAAGCAUUUCAAGCUCUGCGUCGUUCUGCGGAUAACAUCAUCGACCUUGUUAGCAUGAUGGGUCGAGAUUCAAAGAUGCCGUGCUUCGCAGUUGGGAUCACAACUGUCACCGCCACUUUACGGCAACGUUUCCAGCUGCAUCUGAGUGCUGAAGAAGCCGAGAACUUCGUCGAGACUGACCUGAUUGCCAAGUCAUUAGGCAGCUACUACACACGACUUUAUGAUACCUUCCAAUACCGUACCCAGGGUAUAUACUAAGCAAGCGGAGAUCUCGUGAGAGAUACCAAGUUACAAACAGAGAACUAGAUUUUGUUUCGGGUGGGAUUGGAAGAUACAAUAAUGCAUUGAAAUAAAGCAUCUGGAAGGCGUUGGAGGUAUACUUUGGACGUAUACACAUAUAGACAUG